CUCUAACUUCACUGUUCUGUGUUGGACUCUCACUUCACUGCUAGUGUCGCUCGUGGCACCCUCCCUCAGUCCGCCAAUCCGGGGGCUAGAGUUAAAAUAAUGGAAUAUAACGAUAUCGCCCUUAAAUACAGGUCCUCUGUCCAGUACAGCGCACCACCGGAAGUGACGGACGACGAUGACAGAGACCACGAGCGCCUACUACAGGAAGUGAUUCACCACGACGACCCGGAUCCCCGCCAAAAACCUGUCACCAUGGCAACAGGAAAAUCAUUAUCCCUGCUUCAGAUAAUUCUUCUAAACGCGGUGGUAUGUGGUGUUGAGAUUUGCGCAUGCGCUGGAUUCACCUACAUCCCUCCUAUGCUGUUAAAGGCGGGGUACACGGAGGAGAACAUGAGUAUAAUAUUAGGAAUGGGGCCCUUGCUCGGGUUCUUCUUCGUUCCAGUAAUAGGCCGUGCAAGUGAUAACUGCCUCAGUGCUUGGGGUAGACGACGGCCUUUCAUUUUGGGAAUAUCAUCAGUUCUAAUGUUUGCGCUAAUUAUUAUACCGUACUGCGAUUGGAUCAGUCUGUCUAUAUUUGGUCCAGGAACUGUGAGUAAAACGGGGGCGCUGCUGAUUUUAACAGUAGGAGUAGUUCUGCUUGACUUCACUAGUCAGGCUUGUCUUACACCGUGUGAAGCCUUGCUAAGCGAUGCAUCAAAAGACUCUAAUCAGCAGGAACGUGUGUUCAUGGUGUACUCUCAAAUGGUGUCGUUAGGGGGAUUUCUGGGGUAUUUAGUUACUGCCCUGGACUGGAAUACGAACCCUCUCGGUGCUCUGAUUGGUGGACAAGAAAGGACUGUGUUCACUGUGCUGGUCUUCCUGUUUGUAUUUUUGUUGUUUGUGACUGUAGCUGUAGCCAAAGAGGAGCCACAAAUCGCACUCCAGAAUUCUCACACCCUGGACAUAAAGCCCCCAGUAGAGGGUUCGACCUCUCUUUCCGUGUUCAAUGGUCCGGCUUUGGAGUCGGGGUACGAAUCAAGUGGUUCGGAAGACGGCGCUUUGCCAAAUGUGCUUCGCAAACCCCGAUCUAAAUCACGUCGUCACAAAAGAAAAUUCCGUCCUAUUUUAUUGUUGUGUAUGCCAUUUAUUUUUGUUUUAAAGCGCUUUAGAUUAUUUUCAUACGUGCAAUUUUACGGCAGACUAGCUCUUGCAGCUAUACAAGACAAGCUUCCAGAAUCUGUUAAACUGCUGUUAGAUAUUCCGCUCGUAUUGCAGAAACUGGCCAUAGCGAACUUCUGCAGCUGGACUGCAGUGAUGGGAUUCAACCUUUUCUUCACAGACUUUGUAGGACAGGCCGUUUACGAGGGGAAUCCCAAUGCGGAGGAAAACUCCUAUCUGCGUGCUCGAUAUGACGAGGGUGUUCGAAUGGGAUCCUGGGGACUCCUGUUUCACUGCAUCACUUCCGCUGUCUAUGCCUUUUUCGUGGAGAAUUUAGUGGAACGUGUCGGGAUCCGCCGGACGUACGCCGCAGGGAUGGUGACCUUCACCUUGUGUAUGGCGGGCAUGGUGGUGUUCCGGAACAUCUAUUUUGUGAACACUAUGGCAGCUCUGACGGGUUUUGCGUAUGCGACUCUCACGACCAUCCCCUUCAUUAUUGUCACCAAAUACCACUCCGAAAAAGAGGUAUACUUCCGGACAGAGAAUGGGAAGAAUAACUUCCGGGGCAUUAGAACGGAUAUUGCCACCCUAGACUCCGCCUACUUCCUGUCUCAGGUAAUCCUCUCGGGAAUGAUGGGAUAUGUUGUGCACAUGACCGGAACUGUCCUGUCUUACAUGAUCACGGCAGGAAUUAUGGGCAUUUUGAGUUGUUUCUUUAUUCAGAGUAUUAUUACGUCUCGCGAGGAAAUGUUGAGCGUAACUAAAACCUGGCAUUCUGUCGUCAAUAUAUGAAUUUUCAUUGCUGAAUAGCUUUACAAGGUGCUUUACUGUUUUGUCUGAUAUAAUGUGUUUUAUUAUACGGUGCUUUGUUUAAGACUGUUGUACUCAAGGUUGACAAAUGUUUUAAAAAUGCCAGUAUUUUGACCACUAGCCAAAAAUGUUUAAUAAUUUACAGACUUGUCUAAUUAAUCAAUCAUUCGAUCGAUCGAUAUGCCUAAACCAAAUUGUGUACUAUGAAACAUUUUCAGUGCCCUAUUUGCAAUUCAAAAAUCAAAAUACAUUUUUUUUUUUGAGAAUUUAAAAAAAAAAUACACUAUGGAUUUAAAUAUUUUUUUUAAUUUCUUGCGUUUACUUUUUUGUUCUAUGGAAUAUGUUCUGUUAAUUUCAUUAAUAAACCAAAUACUAGUAUACUCUAGGCAAAAUAUAAAGCUGAAAAUAAAGCAGUAAAUCAUACGUGAUCCGUGUGCGCCAAAGUGGAUGAAGUUGAUGUUAUGUACAAUGAAUACUUAAGAAUCAUAGUUUUAUCGACAUUUCUUUAAUUUUUUUAAAUCCUUUCUUUUACACAAUUUUUUAAGACGUUCAUGUGAACAGUUGCUGUAUUGAGAUAUAUUUUUGUAGAAUGUACAUUUUUUUGAACAUGAAAACAUUAAAUAAUCAAAUGUGUACUUUUUUAAAUUACGUUGUACUUUCACUUUAAAUAUAUUUCAUUGUACUUUGACGAAGAACACAGUGUAUUGUUUUAAUUUCAAUUCGAACGUAUUGCAUUGUUGUACUUAAUUGUCUUUUUAACAUGUCUCGGAUACUUUCACGUUUACUCGGAACUAUUUUUGUUUUAAGUAGACACUUUUUGUCAGCUUUACAUAUUGUCUAUUGCUUUAUUCUUGCUUUAAAAUUUAAAGAUUUUAAUUUUACCUCACUCUCGUUUAAAUCGGGAAUACUAUAUAUUAAAUCUCCCCCAAAUGUUUCUCACACCCUAAACAGGGCCUACCUCUGAAUAUUUAACUCUCGAUUACAAAAAAAGAACAAAACAGCUUUAACAAAAGUGAAAGUCUAUACUGCUGCUGUAUCAUUAUUCGUUUGCUGACUUUCCUCUUUACUGAAAGAUACAUCAGUUUAUCUCUGUAGGAAAAUACUUAGCCUUAUUUUUAUUUUCACAAAAUCAGGUUUCUCAUUAAGCUUAUUGUGUAAAUUGUAUUUUUUCUCUGUCAUAGUUUUAGUUCAGAUGAUUGUUUAUGUUACCUUCUUUAUUUUUCAAGUAUCAAUGUGGGUUUAUAUACAAAGAAUUUUAUGUUUUAUAUAUGAUGGAGAUAUAUAAUUAUAUAUAUUUAUUUAUUAAAUAUUAACACCCCGA